AUUCAGAAAGCAUCUGCCGACUUCUAAGCUUCAUUCGACCCACACUGCCACACCAACUCUCCCACUUCAUUCAGCUGAUGUUGUACUCUUCAAGCCACUGUAUAACUAUUAUGGGUGCAAGGGUCUUCUGCCGAUUAAACCCCCAAGGGAAUAGACAGUGAUCGACGCCCCCCAUCCACUCUGGCCGACGUCGCAAGCGGGCGUUUCCCCGCACAGGACCAGCUGUAAAAGCCGUCUUCAGAGCUACUCUCUUCGCGGCGUGUGGGUGGUGGGAUCAGCAACCUUCUCCAACAACUUAGCUGUCCGGAGGAAGCAGGUAUAAGACAAUCAGACACCGUAACAAGCAGCAUUACCUGCCUACGCAUCGUCUUACUGGUUUAGCCGCCGUCAACAAGUCUUGUCCAAGCCCGUAGAACUAUGCCUUCAGACGGCGCCCAGGAUCCCAUCUCACAUGCCUUUCCUACCAAGCAGCUUACUAUACUCGCGAUAUGUCGUUUCUCGGAACCGAUCGCGUUCAAUUCUAUCCUCGCGUACACUUACGUGAUGGUCAAGGAUCUGCACGGGGGCGAUGACACGGACGCAUCCUUCUACGCCGGUCUCCUGGUCUCGGCGUACGCCGUCGCCGAGGCCAUGACCGCUAUUGGCUGGGGGUCGCUUAGCGACCGAUACGGGAGAAAACCCGUCGUCUUAUUCGGGCUCGGGGGCGUCGCCAUUUCGAGCCUCAUUUUCGGUCUCGCUACCGAGUAUUGGGUUGCUCUUCUUGCUAGGUUUAUCGGCGGGGCUUUGAAUGGCAAUGUUGCUGUUAUGCAAACGAUGGUCGCCGAAAUGGUCAAGAUGCCGGAACAUGAACCGGCUGCUUAUGCUUCGCAACCUUUCGUCUGGACUCUGGGUGGGAUCAUCGGUUCUGCAAUGGGUGGGUUUCUAGCUCAACCGGCAGUAUUCUACCCAUCCCUGUUUCCGGCCGAUGGCCUUUUCGGAAGAUAUCCGUAUCUCUUACCAAACCUCGUGUCCGUGGUCGUCAUCAUAUUAGCUAUUACCCAGGGUAUCCUCUUCCUCGAAGAAACCAACCCUCGGAUUAAGAAGGACGCUCACGAGGUCGUUUUCGAAGAAAACGACGACAUAGUCGACGAGCGCACACCGCUUCACCAUCCCACAAACAGAGAAUCUUCAAUCAGAAGCCGAUCAUGUGCUUCUGUUGAAAGACCAUUAUUCGUUGAAGAAAGCCUCCCGCUCCCCGUCGAGCAGACCUUUGACUUGAGAAGAUCUUCCUUCGGCACCGUGCGUUCAAUCAAGCCGCAACCUCACACAACCAUAAAACCAAUCGAGAACUUCAGCGGACGAACCUUCAAUUUCACCAUCAUAAUGGUAACAAGCGCCCUCGUCCUAGUCUCCUACCACCAAAUGGCCUUUAGCACCCUCCUCCCCACACACCUCCUCGACAAACCCGCCGCGCCCCCCGGCUCCCUCGACCUAAUCGGCGGGCUAGGCUACACCGUCCACGACGUCGGUGUCUACCUCUCCAUAAACGGGAUCCUAGGGCUCUUCAUCCAGGGCUUCAUCUUUCCCAUUUUCGUCGACAAAGUCGGUGUCUGGAAGUCCUUCGUCCUGAACAUUAUCCUCUACCCCCUCGCCUACGUCUUCAUGCCCUUCCUCUCCGCCGUCCCUGCCGCCCUCGUGUCCCCUAGCAUCUACCUCUCUAUGAUCCUGCAGAGCUUCUUCGGUAUCGUCGUCAUUCCCUGCGCGCUUAUCCUAUUGAAAGACGCUACGCCGUCGCCGCUAGUCUUGGGCAAAGUCAAUGGCCUGGCUAUGUCGGCUUGCUGUUUGGCGCGCACCCUGUCGCCGCCUUUGGUCGGGAUUAUUUACAGCGCCGGUGGCUCGGCGGCCGCUUGGCUUAGCUGUGCCGGUGUCGCUCUUAUUGGUAUUGUCCAGCUUUUCUGGGUUCCUAGGAAACAUGUCCGUGGCGUUGUCAUGGGCGAUGGGAAGACGAAAUCGGAUUCGCGGGGCGAGGAGGCUGGGACGUGUCCGGCUGUGACGCAGUGAUUCGCCUCGGUUUUUUUUUUAUUUCAGGUGGGGGCUCUGCAUAUACCGUGCUAUGACGAAUGAUAUCAUUCCGUCCUCCGAGGUAUUAGAUACAAACAUAGAUUCAGGGGAUAGUGGUAAGGAUGAGGUAAUGAUGUAAUGAUCUCAAAUGAAUUAUAAAUUAGACGGCGGACCAUAAAGAUAAAUCCGCCAACCCGCCAAUUUAAUUAAUAUAUUAAAAAAUAUACUAUAUAAAUAUAAUAUACAACGAAUAUAUAUUAUAUUUUAUAAUUUAAAGAUUAAAAA